CCGGAAUAGCCCAUCACGGACUCUGAACCGACGGCGUAAGAACAAAAUCCCUUAAAUCAGCAGCGAGAUUGCUUCCAUUCCAUGAACUCGCUCUUUAAUGGCUACAACGAACGGAUCCCACACCUCAGGAACAGGUACUCCAAAUGAAAAGGAUGGUUUAUCAAAUGAAUCUGCUAAAGCAACUGAUCCCACUUCAAAAUCCGAGACAAAACCUGAAGAAAAUGUUAAAGCUCGGGUAGAUGCUAUGUGGGAACAGAUGAAUAAAGGCGUACCUACUAAGACACUCAAAAGUUUUCCAAACAAGCGUAGUUCAUCUGAGAGUAAGAAAACAAAGAAUUCAGCCAAGAAUUGGAUGGCAUAUCUGGGACUGGCACCAAAUACAGGAUCCCUCGGAAAAGUUUUAUCACAUAAGGAACCUAGUGUCCUGCAGGACAGCACGAGUGAUGAGGCCAAGAGGCUUGCUGCUGCUGCUGCUGCUCUUUCAGCUGUUAGGGAUGCUACAGCUACUGCAGCUGGCUGGGGGAAAGUUGAGAUCACCGAGGUUCGGGACUUUGCCGGCCAAGAAAUUGAAGUUAAAAAGCUUGUUGAUGCUGAUUCAAAGGAAGCUUCUGAAAAAGCCAAAGGUCCUGCACCUUCUGCUGUUGAUGCAGUGCUUGAACAAAUCAAGAAGAAACAAAAGCUCAGUGUGCUUGACAAGACAAAACAGGAUUGGGGGGAGUUCAAGGAAGAAAACAGAGGCUUGGAAGAUGAGUUGGACGCUUACAAAAAGAGCUCAAACCAGUAUUUGGAAAAGGUAUCCUUUUUGCAGCGAACAGAUUACCGGGAGUUUGAGCGGGAGAGAGAUGCACGGUUAGCUUUGCAGGCCAGGAGGAAGCCAGAUAUGCGAGAGGACCUAUGACUGGAUGACUCUCUUGAGUUUCUCCCCUCUUGAUGAGUUUGUGCAAUUUCACCCUAGAGAUUACAAAGAUAAGAAGAGGGGGGGAGUUGCUGAUAGCCUGAUAAUUUUCCUGGCGGCCUUGUUCAAUGAGGGAAGAAGACCGUCGAUAUUGUUGAAGAGGAAAGAAGGCCUCUAAUAUUGUUGGUGGAGAUGUGAUGCAUUUCGGCAAAUUGUGUAGGUUUUAGAUACCCUAACAGGAAUGGGAAUUUCCUGUUACAUGUUCUUUCUGAGGACUGAAUAGGCUUUAUUGUAAAUCAGCAAAAUAUAUUUUUCCUCUUAUUAGUACUUAAAAAAAUAUUUAGAUUUGUCCUCCUAUUUAAGUUUUAUUUGGUGGGUUAUAGGUCUCUUGUUUUAAAGACAUUGGAGCAUGCAGUUGCAGUGCCACUUUAUGAAACAGAGACCGAAGUGCUGUUUCCUUCUCCUAA